CCACAUCUCAGUGCUCGUGCCUUCACUUUGGCCCUUGAAAUUCUCUCACCCAUCAAAGGCUUUGACUCUGGGUGGACUUUAGCUCUCGACCAUGUGAAUGAAAAUCUCGCACGUCAACAGCUUCUGCUAAACCAACCUCGGGAGGCGCUUCAGUCUUUGUGGCACCUCCUUUCUCCGCACAGCAAUCAGUUGGAGGCUGCACAGAGUCGAUUUUUGCAAGAAUUUCUCAACAUCCUCAAUACCGUGAACUCAUCCGGGGAGGGUAGCAGGGAGUGGCUGGAGUUGGGUCUUCCGGUUUUUGAAAAACAUCAUAUCAAAGUGAUGUUAGGAACGCCCGUCCGUAAAACGGAUGAUGACUGCAUGGUGGAAGCCCGUGGUACCGCUUUUUCGGACAAUGAAAACGACGACCCCGAAGAUGUGCGCACAUUCUCCACUCAUCGAUCUUCUCUCCCUAAUAACUUCGCCACCUUAAUCUUCCCCUCCCUUACCUCAUCAACUGACAUUCCUGCUUGGAUGGUGUUAACGGAUGUGCCAUUCGUGGAAGAGAGGCAGGAUGUUGGUGUCGAUCGUAUGAAACGACCCGGUGAAGAGUUUACCCGCUUCCUCUAUUCGCGUCCGUCAUAUUCUCUGCCACGACAGGCAGUUUUCCGUCGGCUGAAAGCACUAUUAAGUCUACAUAUUGGCAGAGAAUUGUGCCACGACACAGAUGAUGGUGAUCUCAUUGUAGUGAUGGCUCAGUCGGUGAAUGGGGAGAAGAAAAAGAAAAAAAUGCAGUGGCAUAGUAUUCCCGUUGGUGGUAAGCCUGAAUAUUUUCUCCCCGGGGGCAUUAUUAGAGUCAAGGAUUGUUGCCUUCUGGAUAAUUAUGACGCCUUUAUGAUCGUCCUGCCAAAGUCAGUAGCCUUGCCGCCUCCUUUUUAG